GUGGGUUGCAUCUGGACCUGAAGCAUCGGAACAUUUAAAAAUCAGCUUUGAAAUCUGUGUUCGUUCAACAAGUCGAGAUUUCUACAUUCUUUAAGAUGCUGUGUGUCAUACUUAUGUAACUUAUGCAAUAUCCUGCCUACCCCCUUGUGCAACUGUAUGGAAGAAACACUGGACUUCAAAUAAAUUUUUGCUUUGCUUUACAUGCACAGUCCCAUCUGAAGUACAAGUAGGAGCCAUCAUGACUGACAGAAAUGCUAUAUCUAUCCAGAUAACUAUAGGUAAUUCCACUCCUGCAAACUUCACUCAGCAGGCAAUGUUUCCUCCUGCAUCUUCUCCACAGGUUGGAAUAGCUCUCCUCUCCAUAGCUUUCCUACUUGGCUUCCCUGGCAAUGCCUUCAUUAUCUGGACUGUCUUGACCCACCUAAAGAAACGGACAGUAACCUGCAUCCUUAUUUUACAUUUGGCUGUGGCAGAUAUCAUUGUAAUCCUAACGGGUCCCUUCUUCAUUCAUCUUCUGGCCACUGGCAGCUGGGCUUUUGGGAGUAUUGUUUGCAAACUCUGCCAUUAUAUUGGAUGUCUGAGCAUGUAUGUCAGUAUUUUCCUUAUCACAUUUAUGAGUCUAGAUCGCUUCCUGGCUGUAGCCAUACCCUUUUCUUCUCAGAAGAUAAGAACAAAGACUGCUGUCAGAACCUUGGUUUUGGUGAUAUGGUCAAUAGCCUCAGUGUUGGCUAUACCAAUGCUAGUAUACCGUACUUUACAGAUCAAAAACAACAGACUCCAAUGUCUACCCUCACACAAAGGUUCUGGGCACAUUGUCUUUCAGUACCUAUUUGAGAGUCUCUUAGGAUUUUUUAUCCCAUUCACAAUUAUUGUGUCCUGCUACCUCUACAUAUGCCUACGUUUACGUAGCCUGAAGUUUCAGAGUAAACAAAAGACAAGUCGGUUGGUCAUUUGCAUUAUUGUGACGUUUGCUCUGUUCUGGAUUCCUUAUCACACAGUUAAUAUUCUCCAGGUAAUAGGAGAGACAGUCUCAGACUCUAGUACAAGAAAGAUGCUCAAAAAAGCAGCUCAAUUUGCUCGUCCUAACGUCACAGCUCUUUUCUUUCUUAGUAGUAGUGUUAACCCUGUCCUUUAUACAUUUGCUGGUGGUUCCUUCAUCAAAAAAGCGGGGAUAGGCUUCAUGGCCAAGCUUUUUGAGGGUACUUCUUCUGAGGCCCUCAGUUUCCGGAAGGUCACUCAAGUCUUCAGACAUAAGAGCAGAAAUGAGUCUGUAGAACUAGGGUGUCUUGGGGAUGGAGAAGUUGAAGGGGAAUGUAGAAAAUUACCCACCAACCCAACACAAUAAAAUUAGUACCACAACUAUGUCUCAAUAUAACUAUUAAAAAAUCUUCCUAGUUCAAAUAUUUUACAGACGUAAAUUUGGCAGCUUUAAUUCUCUUUGGAGGGCAUUAAGCUUAAAUGUCCAGUUAUAAAGCAGCAUAAAAUAUGUCAUGCUAAAUAGCUAAGUUUCAUAUGUAGAGGUUAAUCUUCGCCAAAAUUCUCAUGUAACAGGAUUGCAUGAUAUGUCUGUAAUUACUACAAAUGUCAAUGUAAAUUGAUUCCUUGGUGUAUCCGGUAAAUUAAAAGGGUUUGCACAUUAACACUGUCCCAAUGUAUUUCAAUGCUUUCAAUUAAUUGUUCCAUACUUAUCCUUUUUUUCCAAUUUUAAAUCAAUUUGCAUUGAACUAAUAGAGAAGCUUGCAACAAUAUUUUCCCCAUGUUUGGUAAGUAAAUGCCAAAAAUUGUUUUUUAUGCACUUCUAUACAGGCAACCCUCCCCUGACAAAAAUCAGGAUUUAGAUUGAGCAUAGUGUUAUUAUGCCGUAUUUCUUUUGAUUCCCCCAUAACUAAAGCACUCACACAUACUAACACACAAACUCACUUUAACACCCAAUCACUCUAACACCAUCAACCUACAUAUACAUACACACACUAUCUCCUUCAUCACACCACUAACCCUAGGACCAUCUGACACUCUAACACUAUAUUCUGACACUCACCCUUACACCAUACACUUAAUUCAAUAUUCUAACGUACACACACAGUAACACCAUACACUAAAACACUCACUCUAACU